AUGGAGCGUGAGACUGACAGACAGACCGAUGCAACAUUACCAGGAAUUUGGACAUUGUUCCAGAGCGUCGUGGUGAAGAGGAAGCUGAGCCAGAAGCUCCACUCCAACUCUGACAAGGGCGACGGUUCUGUGCGCUACAUCCUGUCCGGCGAGGGGGCCGGGUCUAUCUUCAUCAUUGACGAGACGACGGGUGACAUCCACACCGCCAAGAGCCUGGACCGGGAGACCAAGUCUCAUUAUGUCCUACAUGCGAGGGCCAUCGACCGCUGGUCCAACCGCUCGCUGGAGGCAGAGUCAGAGUUCAUCAUCAAGGUCCAGGAUGUCAACGACAACGCUCCAGUGUUCCCCAACGGACCGUUCUCGGCCACAGUGCCUGAGAUGUCCGAUAUUGGAACAUCAGUCAUCCAGGUGACGGCCUCAGACGCAGACGAUCCGACUUACGGCAACAGCGCCAAGAUAGUUUACAGCAUCCUGGAGGGGCAGCCCUACUUCUCUGUUGACCCCAAGACAGGUAUCAUCCGUACAGCCAUGUCCAACAUGGACCGUGAGACCAGGGACUACUACGCCGUGGUGAUCCAGGCCAAAGACAUGGCGGGCUCCGUCGGAGGACUGUCAGGAUCCACUACCGUCAACAUCACCCUCACCGAUGUCAACGACAACCCUCCCAAGUUUCCACAGAAGAGCUACCAGCUGUACGUCCCAGAACUGGCUCCGGUAGGUAAAGCGGUGGGUCGGAUCAGAGCCAACGACGAAGACGAAGGGCAGAACGCGGAGAUGACCUACAGCAUCACUAAUGCGGACGCAGCUGCCAUCUUCACUAUCAGCACCGACGCUGACCGCAGGGAGGGAAUCAUCUCCCUCAAGCAGCCGCUCAACUACGAGAAGAGAAAAGUUCACACACUGAACAUCGAAGGCUCCAACACUCACCCAGACUCCCGCUUCUCCCACCUGGGGCCAUUUAAGGAUUCCACAUCGCUGCGCGUCAUCGUGGGCGACGUGGACGAGCCUCCCGUCUUCUCCAUGGACUACUACAUCCUGGACGUGUAUGAAAACUCCCCUGCAGGCACCCAGGUCGGGACUGUGACUGCUGUGGACCCUGACAGCACAAACAGCGCCAUCAGGUACUUCAUAGAAAACGAAGAGGAGAAACCUUUGUAUUUCACCAUCGGGGUCAACAGCGGCAUCAUCAGGACGACUCAGGGUCUGGACCGGGAGGAGACGGCGUGGCACAACAUCACUGUGAUGGCUGCAGAGGUUGAUAACCCACGUAUGGUGAGUCAUGUCCCCGUCACAAUCCAGGUCCUGGACGUCAACGACAACAUCCCAUCCAUCUCCGGGGGCAACACUGUCACAGUGUGUGAGAGCACCAAAAAUGGACAGGUGAUUCAGACCGUCCGAGCGGCAGACCUGGACAACUUUGCGAAUGGAAAGUUCUCCUUCUUCGUGCCUCCUGAACAUCAAGUCAACACGAAUUUUACGGUGAAGGACAACGGAGACAACACGGCCAGCAUCGUGUCUCGGCGGCGCGACGGCUUCAGCGUGGACCGAGACCAGGACCUGUUCAGCCUGGUGAUGGUGGUGUCGGACGGAGGGGAGCCUCCUCUCAGCAGCACCGUCACUCUGUCCCUCAGGGUGUGCAUCUGUCAGAGGAACACCAGGGGGCGCAGCAGCAGCAACGUGUGCCAGGCCCAGGCCUUCCUGUCCUCGGCCGGCCUCAGCACCGGGGCCUUCGUGGCCAUACUGCUGUGUAUUGUCAUUUUAUUAGCCAUCGUGAUGCUGUUCACCCAGCUACGAAACAAGAAAGCAAGCAAAGACCCUUUGAUCCUAUCCGAGGAGGACAUCAGAGAAAACGUGGUGACCUACGACGACGAGGGCGGCGGCGAGGAGGACACCGAGGCCUUUGACAUCGCCGCGCUUCGAAAUCCCAAAGCCUCCGAGCCCCGCAGGAAGUUCCACGGCUACCUCGGCCGCGGACCGAGCCCGUACGGAGAGGAGGACGAGAUCGAGGAGGACGAGGAGGAAGACGGGAUCGUGGUGGUGAGGAGGAGGAAAACCAGGGAGCCGGACUACAGCUACUACAGUCCGGAACCUAAACCUGCCUGGUUCGUCAUCGACUGCGUUCCUCGAGAGAUCAGUCAGUCGGCGCCUUCGCUUCUGCUCGAUGGUCACGACAUAAUCCAGCAGAUCAUCCAGCAGAAGGUGGUUGAGGCAGACUCUGACACUCGGGGGCCGCCUUAUGACUCCCUUCAGACGUACGCCUAUGAAGGCCGCGGGUCCUUAGCCGGCUCGGUCAGCUCAUUGGGCCUCACCGAAGCUCUGCCCGAACUAAACUAUGCCGACCUGGAAGACUGGGAGCCGGAGACGCAAACGCUGGAAAGAAUUGCCGGAGAGGAGACGGCGACAAACCAAGCUAACCCAGACUCCUAA